AUGAAGCCUAAAAAGAUUCUCAAGAGUGAGGACUCAAAGGUGGCCUGCGGGGAAGCGAGAAAGGGCACGGAUGAAGCAGGAAUCCCAGGUAUACUGGUUGGAGUUUCUGUAGAUGGAAAGGAAAUCUGGUCAGAAGGUUUGGGUUAUGCUGAUGUAGAGAAUCGUGUAGUAUGUAAACCAGAGACAAUCAUGCGAAUUGCUAGUAUUAGCAAGUGUCUUACCAUGAUGGCUGUCGCUAAAUUGUGGGAAGAGGGGAAACUGGAUUUAGAUGCUCCAGUGCAGAAGUACGUCCCUGAAUUUCCAGAAAAAAUCUAUGAGGGUGAAAAGGUUGUUAUUACUACAAGACUGUUAGUUUCGCACUUGAGUGGCAUUCGUCACUACGAAAAAGAUAUUACAAAAGUAAAGGAAGAGACGGAAAAGGCAAACAGAGCAUUUAAAGUAAAACCUAACCAGGAGAAGGAACUAAAAGAAAAAGAAGCUAAAGGCGUUGAGAAGACUGAUUCUGUCAAGGCUAAGAAAGAACAUGAAGGGGAGGUAAGAAGCCGAAAUUCAAAACCUGGCAGGAGAGACAAGGAAUUUGAACAAGAAGAGUAUUAUUUGAAGGAAAAAUUUGAAAGCGUGAUUGAAUCACUGAAGAUAUUUAAAAAUGAUCCUUUAUUUUUUAAACCCGGUAGUCAGUUCUUGUAUUCAACGUAUGGCUUCACCCUCUUAAGCGCAGUUGUGGAGAGAGUUUCAGGACAAAAAUUUACAGAUUAUAUGCUAAAAAUGUUUCGGGACUUGGAUAUGCUGUCAACUGUACUGGAUGACAAUGAAGCAAUGAUAUAUAACAGAGCAAGGUGUUAUGUUUACAACAAAAAGGGACGUCUAGUAAACGCACCGUAUGUGGACAACUCUUACAAGUGGGCUGGUGGUGGCUUUCUGUCAUCAGUAGGUGACCUUCUGAAAUUUGGAAAUGCCUUGUUGUACAGUUAUCAAGUUGGACGAUUCAAAAACACUAACGGCAAACUUCUUCCUGGGUACCUCAAACCAGACACGGUCACAAUGAUGUGGACGCCAGUGCCAAAAACUGAAGUGUCAUGGGACAAGGAUGGUAAAUAUGCCAUGGCUUGGGCUGUAGUAGAGAAGAAACAACAAUAUGGCUUUUGCAGACAGCAGAGACAUUAUGCUUCCCAUACAGGUGGUGCAGUGGGGGCAAGUAGUGUCCUCCUCAUCCUUCCUGAAGAGCUGGAUUCUGAAGCCAUAGAUAAUGGGCUAGUGGCACCACCUAGAGGAGUAAUUGUUACUAUUAUCUGUAACAUGCAGUCGGUUUCCCUCAACAGCACUGCUUUAAAGAUUGCAAGGGAAUUUGAUAAAGAAAAAUGGGUGCAAUAUGUAGAUUAGAAGAACAGAUUUGAGUGAGGGAACUACUGUACUGAAACAUGAAAAAAAUAAACGGAGAGGGGUACAACUGAAGUUUGAGGUCACUAAGAAUACAUGAGCGAAAGUAUCCAAAAUUCACUUAAUUAACUUCUGCUAGUGGUGCUACGUUUUCAUGUAACUGGAAUUCAUCUCUCAGGGAAGUUGCUAGCUUAUCGAAGAGAAUGUAGAAGUUGAAUUUGACUUCCUGUGUUACCCAUGUAUAAAUUAUCAUUAUACAUUAUAUUAGCAAGUCUUGGUGGGUUUGGUUUUGUUUUUUUUCCCCCUCUCCUCAUCCAGUCUAGCACUUGACCAAGAUUAAAGAGCUAGAAUCGGUUUGUUGUACUGGGAAGUACAGCAGGCAAUUAUCUAACUUAAAUGUUAAACUUGUGAAAAGUUUCACAUCUUGAUUUGAGCACACCAAGCUUAAUGUUUUUUCACAAUUGAGGUCUGCCACAACUAUUCAGCAUUGUUUAAAAAAAAGUUUUAGUAUUGUUUUUAGAUUUUUACAGAGCUUUUCUCAUUUGUUUAAAAAGCAAAAAAACAAAUCCUGAAGCUACCUCCAGAAUGCAGAUUUAUAUGAGAAGUACGUUUUUAUCAGGGCUGUGGAUUGUUGAAGAGUUAAAAAAGAAUGAAGCUAGAGUAACGUGAGUAAAAAUCUUUUCAUUAUGUAGAUGUCUGCUCUUCCAUUUUGACUGGGCACAGAGAAUGUGUGAAAUUUUUUACUGUGAAAGAAGGGUAUUAUUUCACAGCUGAAUAUGCCAGAAUAGCGCAACAUGGUGAGCCAUCAAACCAAGUCUCUUUGUUAUCUUCCCCUAAAAGAUAAACCAGCCACAAUGAUGCAUGUGCUAACUUAACUUUGGUAGUAAAAGUGGUAGCCAGUAGCCAGAAAUACCAUUGUAUUCUGGUAUGCAGAUAGACCUUUAGAUAAAGAAAACACGGACUUGACUUCAAUAAAAUUUAAAGGCCGCUCCUGAGGCCAGUAGUAGAAGUCUUGCAGAGAGAGCUUUUUCUCAAAAACUAUCCUUUCUCCCAUUCUGGAGACCUGCCUUAAGGAGUUAAUUUUGCACAAGGUGAGCAAUAAAUUAUUGUAAUAGGUUUCCAAAGAAGCUAUAUCUAAGCUUCAUUUGUAUGAUAGGAGUAUAAUGACAGCUCAAUAUGUGAAUUUUAUAUAUUCCAUAAGGGCAUCUCCUUUUUCUCAAGGACAAGAAGAAGCCAUUUACUGCUCAUUCAUCCCUUUACUGCUCUGUGUUUUUCCCAGUCCACGUCUGUUCAAAAUGGGUUUUAAAUAUUUCAGUAUAGGAAAUGAUGUGCCCUUUUGGAGGGGCAAGUUAUUGUAUUGUCCACGUGCCCUAACUGAAAAGGGUUCCCAUUACUGCCUUUUCUUGGUGUCAGACGAUUUCAGAAUAUUUGUCAUAGCUCUUGAGAGCCUCUGUACUGUUUCUAACACAGAAAAUAAUAAAAUUUGUGUCCCUUAACAUUAGAUUUGGAAUACUUCAAAAGGUGGAGUCUUUCUUCCUUUUUUAAAUCGAUAGCAAUUCCUCAUACUAGCUGUAUCACAGUCUUUGCAACUUCUUACCUGUUUAGAGGAGGCAGCUCAGACUGAACUGUUUUAGUGUGUUCUCCAGCAGCAACUGCUUAAAUUAUCCCUUUCACAUGUAUCUCUUGGUUAAGUUUGUCAUCAGGAAAUCUUUGAUACUGUCUUUAGGAGAAUUGCCACAUGUUUCUUGUACAGUGCCAAGCAUGAUGCAGUCCCAAAACAGCUGGGAAAUGUUAUUUUGUGUGUGUGUGUGUAUAUAUUUCUACUGUAGUUUUGAAUUAAAUGAGAAGAUGGUACAAAUUUAGCAUGACAUAUACUUGAGACUGUAGGGAUACUGUAUAGUUGAGGAGUUACCAAUUCCAGUUACCAGUGCUCCAGUCUGUGCUCUAGUUCUUGAGAGAAAUAGCAUGUGUAAACUUAAAGAGGUGGUCAGAGUGAAGAUAAUGUUCUGAUAAAAGAUUGCUGUUGUCUUGCUGCAAGUUCCAAUCAGUGUCAUAGGACUGGAUUUUAGAAAACAAAAAUUAGGUGUUUCUGUAAUUUUUUUUUUUUUUAACAGUAGAUAUGUGGUCUCAGUUCACUAACUCUUAAACAGUUUGCUGCUUUAAUGGAUUAUGAUUAUUGACUCUGCGGAUUAUCUUCUCAAUACUAACGCUUUUAGAUGAAUGCCGCUAACUUGUUCUAUGCCCAGACCUUUGGUUUAGUACACAGCUGCCAUUAGUUACUAUCAGUAGGUUGCAUCCCAUGUUUUCUGUCCACAGUGCCAGUAGGAUUGAUAGUUUGCAGAGUUGGCACUCAGAGCCUUGCUGUGCGUGUUUCACCAACAGUUUCGUCACAAGACUGCAAGGAGGUGGUUUUUAACAAAGAACUCCUCUUCCCCUGCACUUAGCUCAGAUGCUUUUUUCCAGCCUGAGACAGCACAAAACACCCUUUAGGAAAGGUUUGAAUGCUUAUGUCCCAGCACUGCUUAGCAGCUGUGCUUCUCUGAACCCAGGGAGAAAGAUGUCUCAGAUAACAACAGCUAAGAGAAGAUAGCCUUACCUGCCUCUUCCCCAAGCUAGUGCUUCUGGUGUUAAGCUCAUAAUUGAUUACUUGCUGUGUGGUGAAAUAAUAUGCUGUCAGCUCUGUUCCCAGUACAGUUACUAAGACUGACAAACCAAGAAAUGUACUAUUAUGAGGUGUCAGUGUUUUAUCUAGAUUUUUAAUUCGAGAUGGCAUAACUGUUUUAGCGCUUCUCAUGAUUAUAGAUAAUCAUUCUUGUGCCUUAAAGCAAUAAAAACCUUACAUCUAUACUAUUUGCUUGGGUUUUCUUGCCCACUAAAAAGUCACUUUUUUAUUCGUUAAUAACGAGUUGUCUUAAUAUCUCAAAAAUAUCAAACCAGUAGAGAGAAUAUAGGCAUGAAAACCUUUCUGAACAAAAUUUUCAUUUGGUCAAGCAAUAAAUUCAUCUAAUUCCUCAUUGAAAUCUUUAGUCAGGUCCAAUACAGAAGUACUGGAGAUGAGCAUCUUCUACAGUGGCAACGUGUUUUCAGUCUCGAGCACCUAGUAACUGGUAAACAUGCAAUAGCAGAAGUCAUUGCUCAUUUUAGACACGGAACAAGUAAUUUGUUCAGAGUUGUUUUCAUGGGAUACAUUAACAGAAAUUGGCCAGAUAUAGUGUUUUAAAUACAGAAACACUGAAAACUAACAUUGGUACUAUAGGCUUUAUAGCUUUUUUUUUUUCCUUGUAUGGUAUUUUUAUUUUGCAAGUGUUUGGUUUUGGUGUAAUUGUCCUUGAAAAACAUGUUGUGUACUUUAGAAAACAAAUUUCAUUCAAUGACUGUUGUGCCUAGGUUUAGAUAAAAGAUUCAGCAUGUAAGAAAUGUAAGUUUACCAGUAUGCUUGUCUACACGUGACCAAAUAUGCAACAUGAAUGAAUAUUUGAAGUAUGUAUGAAAGCGAAUAAUGGCCAGCCGUGUCUGACAUUUCUAACACUAAACUAUUAACGAUAGUAUCUCAUUUGACAAGUAGAAUGGUUAACCAUUAACUUUAUAUGCAGAGACAACAUUCUUUAUACUGUAUCUCUGGUAACUGAAGGCUUAAAAAAAAAAAAUCAGUGUUCAAAUGUCACUAGCCUAUUGUCAUGUGUAUAGUAUUGGAAACAUUACAAUGUGUACGUUUCACCUGGCACCUGUAGCAAAACGGGUCACUGACUUGUUUUGAUUUGGUAAUUCUUACUUAAUCAUGACUUUUAAGUUCUUGUCUUUUGGGGGGGAGGGGAGGGGAAGAAGUGAUACAGGGAAGCAGGAAAAAUAGUAACCAGUUCAGUUUUAGCACAUAUAUUCAGGUCACAAGUGAAUUAGUAUUUCUCCUCUGAUCUUUGUUCUGAAACCAGUUAUUUGAUGGACUGGCAUUGAGUGUGGGCAACUGUCUGCUCAGUCAAGAGCAACUUGAGUGAUAAAUAUGCUCUUAAAUUAACCUUUACUGUGAAAACACAGUAUGGCACUGACUUAAAACUAUUUUCCUUAAAAGGCAUGUAUACUAAAUUGGUGUAUCUGUUUCUCUACCAAACACCUGCUUUUUGCAUCUGGUAAUUAUCAGUGUUCACUGAAUGAAAUAACUGAAAUAAAACAUAUCUUGCAAAUGCACUGCAUUAUAAUAUCAAGGGUGGGUUUUUUUUAUUGACUAGAAACUGACAAAUUUGCUCUCUAUCAUUUAAAAAAAAAAGAAUACAGGUUAAAUAAAUUCCCAACCACAGUCAGCUCACCAAGACAGCUGGUAUUUUUGAAAGAGAUGUUGUUGACAUGUAACUGAAAAUAUUUAGUAAAAUAAGAUGCAUAUAAGAUUACAUUGUUUUAAUGGUUUAUCAUGGAUAAAAAAGCUGUUCAACUCUAAUGUUCUUGCACAGCCAUUUAGAAAUGGAUGUCGUCUUUAAAAAUUAAUCUUAAAAAUCACUUUCCUCAUUCAAAUGAGUCAUUAUCCAUGUUUUCAGUAUUAAAUAUAAAUGGUUUUGCUAUUAGUUCUUUUGUGACUUGCUGUCAUUCUCAGAUGUUAAUGUAGAUUGCUGGCUGAUUGUUACUCAUAUACCAUAUGCCUUCCCUAUACUGAAUGCUUUUGAUAUUUUGCAAAAUACUCCUUCUUCGUAGUGUAAUCCAAUCCAGCGUAGAAGCUCAAUGGCAGUUUAUAGACUUUGGGGGAGGGGGGGAACCAUGCAUUCUAUAAUAACAGCUGAACAUAAGUGGGUAACUUAUAUUUGAGAAAUAAACUGAAAGACUAUCAGCACAUUCAUCAACAUGGUAAAGGGACUACAGUAAUGCCGAAAGCAACGGAGUUGCACGCCCUUUUUAAAUCUGUUUAGCCUUUAUGAUCCUUACAUUAGAGCAGCAUAAAGCAUACAAAAUGCAUUCUUACAGUGGUCUCUGUGUCACCACAUGCCUUAUACUUCUUAACUGAUAUUAACAAGGGAAAGGGUACAUGCAGCAAGUGUGAGGUUCAGAUUCUUACAUUAAAUGCCACUACUGAGUUGUAAUACAUUGUUUAAAAGUAAAACUAUAAAAAUAGAGCUUAACUGUCUGCAAACUUGCAGAAAAAAUUUGCACUUCAAACCAUUUAUUGAAAAAGAGAUUCCAGCUCAUUAGUCACUUGUGAUACAUAAUUUUUACAAAAUCAACAUUGUUAUAUUAACGGACUUUUUUUUUUUUUUUUUUUAAACAGAUAAGGCUUUCAGGAACACAGAUCCAUGUCAGUAUGUUGAAGCGACUGUUCAGUGUUGCUUUCUU